GACGGGCAAACCACCCCUCUAAAUUCUCAGAAUCUGCAGAUAAAUCGUAAUAAAAAAUGAUAGAAUAACCACCUCAUAAUUCUCCGAUUAAAAAAAAAUAUAAUUUAUCCAAACGAAAGAAGAUUCAUCGAGUUCGGGACACGAAUACGGGUGCCCUGUGGCGAUCAAUAACAAGGGUUGUGUGGAUCAACUCGUGAAUUUGAUUCGUGAGUGAAACAACAUGGGCUGUUGACUGACGUUCCUUAUGUGGCGUGAUUUAUCAAGGAUUUUAGUUUCAAAUAUAUUUAUUCGUCUGUCUUAACGAAUAAUUUCCGGCUAAAUAAUGGUGUCCCUGGAAGACAGCUGGAAGGAGGCGACUGAAGGAUUUAAUACCGAGGCGUGUGAUACAUGGUUCGCAAGGUUACAGGAAGUUUAUUCCGAGGAGAAGAGGACGUAUCAUAAUUUGGAUUCACUGAGGGAGAAAUUGGGCCAUUACUACGAUGUCAAGGAUCAACUGAAGAAUCCCAGAGCGUUGCUUCUCGCAUUGUUCUUUCAAAACUUUGAAUACGAUCCAAAAGCACUUGAUGGAGAGAAUCAGAAUAUAGAACAUUUUGUGGCCUUUGCUGAUGAAGGAGAAAUACCACAGGAUGAUGAAUUGCGUACUGAAACAUGUGCAUUACUGAAAGCAGCAGCCACUCACAGUACAGAAGAGCACAAGGUGGAUGGUGCCUUUGGCAGUGAAGACGCUCACUACCUGUUAGAUUUAGACAUGGCUGUUCUAGGAUCAGCAUCUGAUGCAUACGCGGAAUACAGAGAGAAAAUACGAGGAGAAUACUCUUUCCUCAGUGAGCCCAUGUACACAGCACUGAGGCUCAAGUGCCACGUAAUUUUCAUCGCAAUUCACGAUCAAUUACUUCAUUCAGGUAUUGCAGAACUUCGUACAAAUUCCGAAUAUCUUUGCCACUAAAGAAUUUCGGGAGAAAUUCGAGGAGCAAGCCAGACUCAAUAUUCAAGCUGAGGUGGAACUGCUGUCUUAGAAGUUGUUCGAUACUAUUGAAUUAAAUUUUUUGGAGGAAAUAACUAAACUGAAUGUUUCACAAACUAAAUAGAAUAUUGUUUUUUUUUUUUUUGAGAAAAUAUUGUGUCGUGUGUACACAUGGUAUUUAGGAAUUGAGCUUUCGUAUGCGAGCAUUGCAGGGUGUGUUAUGUUUGCUAUGAGCUGAUGACAAUAUGGAUGGUGAUUUUAUCGUGAUUAAAUUCCACAACCCCGGAUUGUUGACAGAAUAGGGGUGAAGCAGUAAGCCGAAUUGAGUCAAUUCAGCUCUUAACUAGUUCUCUAUAAUUAUCUUCUAAUUGGCUUGAGGAAUUUUACAGUUUCGUUACUGAAAUGAAACUUCAAUGGAAUUUUAAAUUCAAUUGAUAAUAAAAAUAAAUAAUUUUUCAUUUGAUCACUUGGAAUUCGCGAAAGAAUAUAUUUUGUGUUUUAAGUAUACGACGACUUUUUUUACGAAAAAUAUAUUAUUUGCAGAUGCAAUGAACCUGUUUUGCCUUUCAGAUAAUUUAUGCACUAGUUAAAAAGUUAUUUUGUAAAUCCCAAAAAAAUCAGUUGAGCAUUGAAUAUUUUUCAAUAAUAAUUGACACCAUCACCUCAAUUGUUAUAAUGCCCGAUGUUUUGAAAUGAAUUCGGACCCUUAAAUAUGUUCUGUCUCCAGAAAAUGCUUAUAUCUGCAAUAAUAUGCUUAAUAAUCACUCAUCUCAGGGAGGCACAGCGUGGAAAAACUUGACGGCUUCUCUCAUGAAGAAUUAAUGUGUUAAUUAAGAAUCAAUGGUACUGAAUAUAUAUCUACUUGUUUGAAAAAUGAUAGGGGAAUCGCACAAUGAGAUAAUCGGUUGUGAAUUAUUUGCUGUGCUGUCAUCCGUCUCGGAAGAAUGAUGAAAAAUCCAGAAAUAUCCAGUUACAAAAUAAUUGUUAUAAUUGGAAUCAACUUUACCAAAUUAAUGUCACUAAAUAAUUCGGAAGUAUAAAUAGUUCCACGGAAAUAAAUCGUUACAUGAUCAUGUUAUUGUUUUUAAAUGUAUUUUUAAUUGUAUAAAAUCAAGGCUAUUCAAGAUAUUUGUGGCAAUGACGAUUAUUUCAAUUCGGAUGACUUAUUCCCUGAGUUUAUUGUCAUAAAGCUUGAGUUUGCGAAUAACAAUUCGCCACAGUUGGACUAGACAAAGGAACUCUUUAAUUAAAUCAGACAAUAUGUAAAUAAAUUAAUGUGAGAGAAAAUAAAAAUCAAUUUGUGUUUUAAAACUCAAAGAUUAA